AUGGCGUCUCUAACUUCUUCAACAACUCUCAUCUCAUCCUCCACUAGGGUUUUCCCAGCCAAGUCUUCUUCUUCUCUUCCUUCUCCCUCCCUCUCUUUCCUCCGAACCUUAUCCUCUCCUUCCGCAUCAGUUUCUCUCCGCUCUGGUUUUGCUCAACGCUCUUCCCUCAGCUCCACUUCUCGCAGAAGCUUUGCUGUCAAGGCUCAGACCGAUGAUCUUCCAUUGGUGGGAAACAAGGCCCCUGAUUUUGAAGCAGAGGCUGUGUUUGAUCAGGAGUUCAUCAAGGUUAAGCUAUCUGAGUACAUUGGGAAGAAGUAUGUGGUUCUCUUUUUCUACCCUUUGGACUUCACUUUCGUCUGCCCUACAGAGAUUACUGCCUUCAGUGAUCGGUAUGCAGAGUUUGAGAAGUUGAACACAGAAGUAUUAGGUGUCUCUGUUGAUAGUGUGUUCUCUCAUCUUGCGUGGGUACAAACAGACAGAAAAUCUGGUGGGCUUGGUGAUCUGAACUACCCCCUUAUCUCAGAUGUAACUAAAUCAAUCUCAAAGUCCUUUGGAGUUCUCAUCCAUGAUCAGGGAAUAGCACUAAGGGGGCUUUUCAUUAUCGACAAAGAAGGAGUGAUUCAACAUUCCACCAUCAACAAUCUUGGUAUUGGAAGAAGCGUUGAUGAGACCAUGAGAACUCUCCAGGCGUUACAGUACAUCCAGGAGAACCCUGAUGAGGUCUGCCCAGCAGGAUGGAAACCAGGUGAGAAGUCAAUGAAACCUGACCCCAAGCUCAGCAAAGAGUACUUCUCAGCUAUUUAG